CACGCCACGAACUCUCGUAGAUGAACCGAGGUGCACGGACUCAGGCUGGAAGUGACUGACCCUUGCGAACAGUCGCAAUCUGUUUAGCCCAGACAAGGUACAGUUCUAAUCCCGACAGGGAUCGCACGAUGCACAGGGUGCAUAUGGAGAAAUCGCACGCAGAACGAGUUUGCAUGCCGUUUGUGUGACACUGACCUACCUCUGCCUGAUUGGGGUCUUUGUCAUCAGCAACAGAGAGGCAGAUGGCCGUUCUAUUUUCAGUGACAUCAGCUGGAGACUCAAGAUUGUGCCGCGGUAUUUAUAGCAGCGCAUAUUUAUUAAACCUCACUCUACGUUUUGUUUUAUUAUUUAGAACAUUAAAUAAGAAGCACAACAAUGAAUCUCAAUCGGGUUUUUUUUAAAUGAGUAACUGUAAGAUGUAUAGAGUUUUACUGAAUGAAAGCAUCAAAUAAUAUUGUGCGUUACAAAUUUAGAUACUGUUCUGAAAAAGAGACGCAAUAUUAAUUUGUGAAAGGAUUAUCAUGAAUAGAAAUGAUCUGACAGGAUCAAAGCUGAAUGGGGCCCUAAGCUGAAUUCCCACUUGGAGAUAAGACUGUUCUUAAUUGUUUUCACAACUGACUUUAGAGAUAGCUGUAACCGCAACACUGAAUUCCCCCUGAAUUGUCACAUCAGUCUUAUUUUAUUGGUAUAAUUUGUUAAAAAAAAAAAAAAAAGCACAUGUGGCAAAGUGUUGAGGAAGGUAAAAGCUGGGUCGAAAGUUUGGUAAUUGGGCGAUUCCUGUGACUUUGACAUUUGCUCUUGCCCUCAAGUCCAAAGCAAGAAUCCUUAGAGAUGAGGGGAAUGGCCUGGAUGAGCUGCAGGCCUGUUUAGAAAGAUGUCACGGCUACUUAAGAUUUAUUUUCACGCAGUGGUGUUUGUGGAUGUGUGUUACAGUUCAUUUCCCAGGACAGCACAGCCUUAGGCUGUCAAAUUCUUUACCAAAAGAGUUUUUCUUUUCUUUUGUUUUAAAGAAAUCUAAGCGCAUUUGAUCAUCUGUAGCUCAAAUCAUAGUAUCCGUGUAAGCGUAAAAAGAAAUACAUAAAUAAAACACAACUUAGAGGGGUUUUGAUAAACUUGUAAGCAAAGAAUAAAAGCACUUUCUUUAAAUUUUCUGAGCAUUAAAUGGCUGUUGGGGUCUUUGGGCUCCAGAGCACCAGCAGCAGGAAGCUCUAUAUAAGACUGGGCCUCUGUGGGGAAUCGAGUAGCUGGCGAAAGUUAUUCUGGGUCUCUAUUUCAUUAACUCUCCUCUUUACUAAUGCUAUCAGUGUUUGGCAGCACAGCAAAUGAAAUGGUUUCAAAGACAGAUCAGCAGAUUUCGUCAGGACUAUAGAAGGCAGAGAGGCCAUCUUGGCUCUUGUGCUGUGCUUUGAUCAUUAGUUUGGAGCUACAUUUGUGUCCAGGUCAGCCUCAAACUGUGUAAAGUGUCAUUUUUAAUGUAACAGGAUAUUCUUUUUUUUUUGGAGUGAGGGCAAAAGACUCUGAAAGGUCAGGAGCAACAAAUUAGGUUAUUAUCAUCCCUGAUUUGACUCUCCACAUUCCUGCAUGCUGUCUGUAGUGUCCCCCCUUUCGCUGUGUUCAGUCUGUCUGUUGGGCACGCACAGCAUCUGUUGGGUUUUGCCAAUUUUGACACCAUGUUGAGAAUGACAGCUGAAUGGGAGUGCGCUCGGCUGAUGGCGGAUGAGACAUUCAAAUAUUGCGUUGGUCAGUCAAAGCCUUUGCGGCUAUUGCUGCGCAUGGAUUGAUCUGGAGGCAGCACUCUUCUUUUAAUUUCUGAAAUGUCUCUCUCUUUUUGCAUUGACUCUUUUGAGUCAAUGCAAGAAAUCAGGAAACCUUGAUUGUCUUUUUUUAUUUUUUAUUGUGGUUCUAGUUUGCAAAGUUGUUUUGUUAUUUUUUCUUCUUAAGAAGGAUUUCCAGUUUGGCACAGUAAAAAUAAAUCUGUGAUUGACAGAUUUGAAGAAACAGAGAAGGGAAAACAAAGCCUGAGCCUGAUUAUUGCUAAAGGGCAGCCUCAUCCAGCUGGGUUGAUACAGAGAGCUGGCAUGUCAACAGAGAGUGCAAGUUGACUCCUUGUUAAUUACCCCUUUGAUUGAGCAUUUUUAGUUGAGCUCUGCAUUGGUUUAGCAACGUCUUUCUUUAAAUUCUCCUCAGCAUUCCCCACCACAGUGUACAUGUUCAUUUCUGUAGAGUUGCCUGUACCCUGGACUGAGAUUAAAAUAGAUUAAUCAGGGAUUAGAUUGUGAAAUAAGAGGGGAGGGAGGGAUAUAUUGAACGAGCGUCUGGAGUGUGUCUCGCUUUCUUCUGAUGUGUCCUCCUCACACACGUUUACUCACCAAAAACCUCCGAGACCUCUCUUGAGUUUCGUCAUCCUACCUAAAUGCUGCACACGUUUACACCCGUGUGCGCCUGGAGCUAGCAUUAGGUUUGUUGCUGUGUGUGUGUGUGUGUGUGUAAAAAGGCAAUGCUAUGGUGAAGCGUGCCAGCGAUGACGGAUGUGGAGGCCACUUACGAGGACUUCAUCGCUUCUCGACGAUCCGGCCGCAGGAACGCCAUCCACGAGAUCCCAGGAGACCCGGGAGUGCAGGGGGCCGCUGACCUGUCCCAGACUCUGGCACAGCUUAACAUCAACAAAUCUGGGGAUGAGGAAGUGGACGCAGAGAAAGGCCAGGGCGAUUCAGCGAAAGAAGAGGAGACUAAAGCUGAAGACUCCUAAGUUGAAAUGGGGACCAAGCAUGGACUUGAGGGGUCUAGAAUAAUCCCAGGAUUCUCCAGCUUUCAGCUCACCGUUUGCAACCAAGAGAGAAACUCAAGAAAACCCUCUACUGCCAUCGUCCCAGCAGGACAAAGUUUUCUUGCUGCAUUUGGUGAUCUAGGAUCUAGGUCGCCUGUGAGCGUAGCAUGAUGUCAGCAACUAAAAUCAAUGUGUUUUCACAAUUCUUAGGUGUGGAGAAAGGAAGGCAACAGACACCAAAACGAAAAAGGUCCUCUAAGGAUUUUUUGAGGCAAAUUCUUAAGAGUUGCCACUAAGUCUAAGCAUGUUUACCUUCCCCUUGUUCUGCCUUUACUCAACCAGCACUCAUUUCUCUGAAACACUCCCAGGAAAAGGUGACCAGGGUCUGAAAAUACUCACUCCUCCACUUCAUCAUCUUCUCUUGCAAGUACUGCACACUCUCUAAAUGUCUCCUGUCAGCUGUUUCCUUGCGCUCAAUAAUUUUCUGCAUGAUUUUUUUUUCCCCCCCUCUGGACCAUAGACCUAGUUUAGCUAAUUGGCUUUGUUGACUUUCUAUUUGUCCAUCUGCCUUAGGUAAUCUCAGACGCAGCUGAUUCAAAUGACGAUUAGGUAACACACUGUUAACCCCUGGAAAGUAGAGUCUUAGGUCUAUUCUGCUUCUGAGGCAACGUGCAGAUUAGAGGUCAUGCUGUUGUUUUUCAAAUAUUUCAACACCUUUUCUUCAAGAUCUGCACAUGAAGUUAUAGUUUUUUGCCAUGUGAAGGAUUUUUGUAAUGCAGCACCACUUAAAAAUUGAAUAUUUUGCACUAAUAAGUAAUGAGUUGUUAAUAUUUUUAGUGUUAGUUUUACAAUUACAUUUGGAAGAUGAAACGCUCUGGACUAAGAUUUUUCUUACCGUCAAGCCUUUCGCUGUCUGUGACGAACAAAUUUCACCCUGAAAUCCACAUUCUUCACAUUUCUGGUCUCCAUACAGUAACACACUGCCGUGCAUUAUAUUCUAAUCAUUUUUGUAUGUUGUCUUGUUUCAAAUUUAACGUGUGAUCUUGUGCAGCCCCAGGAGUAUAACGGAUAUUUGUUGUUGUUAGAAAUUGCACUACUUAUUGCACUCAGAUCUAACCAUGCGUGGAUUCUGAUUAAUUUAUUUAUUUACUUUUGAUGGGAUGACUCUUGGGCCUGUAUACUCUGCUCAUAAACCUUUUCAUAGUAAAAUAGCUUUAAUACUAUAAUGGUAUUUUUGCCUUGUAUAACUAAACCAAAACAUAUGAAGACGCACUCUCAAAAAACGUCUUUGUAAAAUUGAUGCUGUGAAAUUCUUUCAUUCAGUGGUAUUAUGGUAUCUGAUUUUUUUUUUCCCUCUUUAAAUUUGAGGUAUUACUCAGAAUAUUUGUGGAUAAAAAAAAUGUUUGUACCGUAAAGCAACUCAGGUGUAAUUUGUUUUAAUGACCAAAACUGUUGCAGUGUUGGUGACUGAUGGCAGCCAUGUUGAUUUUUUUUAUAUAUAACUGUCUUCAGGAACUCGGGCACACCACGGAAAAGGCAUUUCACGGUUUUGAAAUGUUUUCAGUUUACUUACAGCAGCUUUGACACUUUUAAGUUAUCAUGGGUGAUAUAAUGACUGGAGGAGAAGUUUGGGUGUGGAGAAAUAGCAUGGUCACUGCUUCCCUCUGGUGGUCAGCUAGACCUAAUCUUCACUAAUAAAGAGCCAUAUGACACAAACUG